AUGUACCCAUCCAUGGUGCUAACUGAAGAUGCAAAUUUGGAGGGUCUAUUGGAACGAGUUAUUCAGAUGAGUAUGAUCAUUAUCGAAGAAAUUCAGGAACAAUGGAAACAAAUAUAUUUCCAACAGCUAAUCAUUUCAGCACAAUCCCCUAUGCAAUCAUCAACAGCAACAAAAGCUGACACAUUGAUUGAUUUGUCAUCACGAUUAGUUAAUAGGAUCAAUAUUAAAGCAAAAGAAUACAAUGAAACCAACGAAAAAAAUGCCGUUACUUGGUUAACGAUAUUGGAAGAAGUCACGAUGAGUCGAUUGAUUUACGACGAUGAAAAAAUUUUACCUACUGUGAGCUUGUUAGGUACUAUUGCUUUACAAUGGUUCGUAAAUUUAAAAUUGAAAAAUCAACGGCCAUCAUCUUGCAAUGAGUUUAAAGACAAAUUAAAAUCUCAAUGUCAAUCAAUCACUUUUCAAGAACACCUUCGGCAACAAUUAUUACAAUUACGUCAAGAAUAUUUACUACAGGAUUAUAUUCAUUUAUUUUGA